CAGAGGGGGAGACGCCAUAGCCGGCCCCGGUUACCUCGGGCACGCACAGGUGACGGUGCCGAGUGCCUUUGUCUGAGCGCGGGGCAACAGCUGCUGCUGCUGCUGAUACCUCGGGUUCUCCCGAGGGACCCCGUGACCCUGAGUGACCCCGAGGGACCUCGUGACCCCGAGGGACCUCGUGACCCCGAGAGACCCCGAGUGACCCUGAGGGACCCCGUGACCCUGACCCGGCGCGACUCGGGGGGGGGAGGGUGGGCCCAUGGCGACGCGGGGCCUCGUAGGGGAGUCGCGUGGCACCAGGGAGGAGAUGGAGCGGCAGAGCGAAGGGGUCAGUGCGGCGGUCGGAGCCGGGGCUGAGGACGAGGAGGAGGAAGACGAGGUGGAGGAAAUGGAGGAAGAGGAGGAGGAGGGUGACGAGGAGGAGGGGGAGGAGGGGGGACCUCGUUUCCGCGAUGCCGAGCCCAGCAUCGCGGGGGGCGCGACCCCCCCUGGCGCGUGCGUGGGGGGAGAGCAGGUGGGCCCUCACUACCCCCGCAUGGCCCCGUCUCCCCCGUGCGCCCUGGGCCCCGGGGGCGGGGGGGUUCACGGGAGUUCCCCGCGCCCCGCGGGGGGUCCCGCGAGCGAGGGGGUCACAUCCCUGGAGGAGGGGGAGGAGGAUGGAGAGGGGGGGGCUCCCCCGGGGACCCCCGGGUGCCGUGACGCGUGGAGCCUCACGGAGCCGGCCUGCCUGGGGCCCUGCGAGCCGGGCACCAGCGUCAGGCUGCACGGCCUCGUGUGGCACGAGAACCAAGCGGGUAUGCUGGUGCUGCACGUGCGCUGGAGGAACAGCACCUACGUGGGCACACUCCUCGACUGCUCCCGUCACGGACUCGCCGCUCCCCGGUUCUGCGAGGUGCGGGCCCCGGCCACCGCCGAGCGCCGCUGCAGCCGCGGCCGGGCCAAGCGCUCUCGGGUGGCCCACGGGGCCCACGGGACCGCGGGGGCGCGGGGGGAGAAUCGGGCCCAGAGCGGGACGCGCUCCGUCCUCGCGCAGCACCGUGCGGGUGCCGCGGGGGCCUGGGACGCGGGCCCCGGGAGCGAGGGCCCCCGUGUGGGGGCCCUGCGGAGACGGCCGCGUCCUGGGAGCGACCGCGAGGGCCGCAUGGCCAAGAGGGCGCGACUCGCGGCAUCCACCGCGGCGGCGGCGGCGGCGCGGGGCCCCGAGGCGGGCCGCGGCCUCGCGGCGCGCGGGGGCCUUCCGCGGGGCCCUCCGCGGGGGCCACGGCGGGGCCCGCGGAGGGACGGCGCCGUCCCGCGGGCCCCGCCGGCCGAGCGGGCCGAGCCGAGCGGCGGGACCCCCCCGGGGCCCCUGCGGCUGUGCCUCAAGCAGCCGAGGCUCGAGCUGCUGGUCACGGCACCGCACGUCAAACUCUUCCGCGGCGGAGGAGGCGGCGGAGGAGGCGGCGGAGGAGGCCACGAGCGAGACGGGCCGGCCGCCAAACGAGCGCUGAUGAGCGACGGCGUGGCCAGGUGUGGGCGCCGCGGGCCCCGCCGUGGGCCCCGGGGCCCCCGUGGCGGCGGCGGCGGCGGCGCGGAGGCCCCUCGCGGCCCCCGCGUCCCCCCGCUCGGCGUCCCGGGCCGGGGCCCACGCGGGCCCCGUCCCUCGCGUGCGAGCCGCGCUGCCCCGCGUCAUCAUCCCCUUCCCCUGCAAGGACGGGGCCCCGCCGCCCGGACCCCACGCGGGACCCAAGACCUCUCCCUCCAAGAGCCCCGCGUCCCAUCAACAGCAGCAGCAGCAGAGGCCUCCGGCUCUAGACGGCCCCGCGCUCGUCAAGGCCCGCGCUGCAGCACCUGA